UUACGUGCGUAAAUUCAUUUUUAAAUUCUCAAGUAAUCAAUCAAUUUAAACAAGUUUGUCCCUACCAUUAACUAAACUUUCACUUAUACUUAAGUUGAAUAACAAAAACGAGGAAAAAAAAAUAUGCAACACGUGCUGAUAAUAUAGAUUAACGCGAAGAUGAUGAUAUUUAACUCAGUUGUUCGUCAAACUUGUUAAUGACAACAAGUCUUUGUUACUAGCUACCACCUAAAACAAACAAUGACGCAACUUAUAUUAAAAAUCAUACUAUUUUUAUAUCUUUACGGAAUUUCUUCGAGUUCAUUCCGAUACACUAGGUUUGAGACUGUUAAAAAUAUUAGUAAUAAUUAUAUUCCGGCUAAAGAAGAAAUUAUUGGCGGGCAGUGGCAUCCGUGUUACAGAAAUUGUGAUGAUAAAAUUAAGCGCACCUGUAAAUAUACUUUUGUACUGAAACAGUACACUUCUAUGAGUUACGCGUGUCGGGAUUGUCCUUUUAAUAAGGAGGAUUGCUUCUUAAAUGGGUGCAUUACUGCCGGUGGACAUGUUCGGCCUGUUACUGUUGCUAAUCACAUGUUACCCGGACCUAGUAUUCAAGUAUGUGAAGGAGACACAGUAAUAGUAAAUGUAAUAAAUAAUUUUGCAAGUGAUUCGGCGACAAUACAUUGGCACGGUAUCCAUCAAGUAGACACACCAUUCAUGGAUGGUGUACCAUUUAUUACACAAUGUCCAAUAUUACCUCAUAAUAACUUUGUUUAUAAAUUUAAUGCAUCACCUGCCGGUACCCACAUUUGGCACUCGCACAUCGGAUUCGAAGAAGCUGACGGACUUUACGGGAGUUUAAUUGUGAGAAAACCCAACGAUCCAUUAAAAAAAUACUACGACAAUGACUUAGCUGAACACGUUAUGACGAUUUGGCAUUGGUAUGAAAUGUCCACGGUGUAUAAAUUAGCGACUGUGCUUCAUAGAUACUCAAAAGUUUACGGCUAUAGUUUUUUAAUCAAUGGUUUGUCCUCCAAAGCAAAGUAUAUUUCGCAAAACACGUCUUACGAAACGCCUAAAGAGAUAUUUCACGUAAACGAGGGAAAAAAAUACAGAUUCCGUGUAAUGUUUAAUAGUCCCAUAUAUUGUCCAGUUCAAGUAUCCGUGGACAAUCACCAGUUAUUGGUGAUUGCUUCUGAGAGUGGUGUAUUUCAGCCUGUACUAGUUGAUUCUUUCUUCAUAAAUGCCGGCGAGCGUUAUGACUUUGUACUUUAUGCUAAUCAAAGGCCGGAUAAUUACUGGAUCAGAUACCGUGGCAGAGGAGAUUGUGAUAAAAAUGGUGUCCGGAUAUCAGAAGUCGCUAUUCUAAGGUACAACCAGUCUCAAGAAGAAGAACCCAAGGGUUCUACUGAUUACGAGGAUGGUAAUCGUCCGGGUGUGUUAUUAAAUCCCAUGGCCAUUCUAGCUCAAGAUUACUCAAACAAUUCAUUAAUUAAAGUUAUUGAUUUAAACAAUACUAAAGAUAAGUCCAAAGACAUUUCAAGGACUCCGGAUUAUGUAUUUUAUUAUAAAUUUUCAUUUAAUACUUACAUGACCCAUUAUGCCCCAGGGCCAUAUCCGCAGAUAAAUGACAUGAGCUUUGAAUUUCCAUCAGUACCAUUGCUAACGCAGUAUGAAGAUUUAUCAUCUUCGUCAAUUUGCAAUGAAGAAAAUUAUAAAAAUAAAGAAUGUUUUGAGGGAUUUUGUAAGUGUCCGCUUAUUUACAGCGUAACCAAAGACAGUUUAGUUGAGAUGAUCUUUGCGGACAUUACUGAUGACCGGGAUCAAGAUCACCCGGUUCAUUUGCACGGGCAUGAUUUCCAUGUGGUUGCCAUGGUGUCAAUGGGAAAAAAUGUUUCCUUUGAAAAAAUAAAAAGGCUAAAUGAGCAGGGACUUGUUGAAAAAAAAUUCAGUCGCGCUCCUGUUAAGGACAACAUCAGUGUCCCUGCUAAGGGAUUUACUGUGAUACGAUUCAUAGCUUCUAAUCCUGGGUACUGGUUCUUACACUGUCACCUGGUGAACCACAUGGAAAUGGGAAUGGGUUUUAUCCUCAAAGUUGGAGAACAUUCACAGAUGACUAAGACUCCGAAAAAUUUUCCUAGAUGCGGCAAUUAUUAUCAUUGAAAAAAAAAAAAAUUUAUUGUUAAUAUUUUUAAGUUUUUACCAAUGCAAUAAUUAUUUAUAAUACUAAAGUUAAUG